AUGCUCGCAGCACAAGCGGCUAUUCCCACCGAAGCGCAACCAUCACCGCCCGAUGAGAACAAGAUUGUUCGCCUGCAUAUCACACCCUUCCGACCCGACUUGCUGAAGGUCUAUAUUGCGCCGUCUGUCCAGCCACUUGCCCAGAACAUUUCGUUUCACACUGUUGAGACCUUCCCCGAAAAGGGCUUUGGCUACGUUGAGCUACCCGAGGUCGAGGCGCAGAAGCUGAAGAAGAAGCUGAACGGAACCACGCUCCGAGGGACAAAGGUGCGCAUAGAAAUGGCCAAAUCCGAGAAGCGCAAGGCUCGCGAGGAGGCGGACGCAGCGAAGGAAGCUGUUGAGGCAGAGAGGCCUGUGAAGCGCGCGAAGAAGGACAAGAAGCGAAAAGAAGAGAAUGGCGUGCUGGAAGGUAUUGAACUGCCUGAUGGCCGAAAGGUCAAGCGUGGAUGGACUGAGCCACCGUCGAAGAGUGGAAAAGGGAGGAAGGAGAAAAAAGAGAAAAAGGACAAGGAUGGCAAGCAUGAACAGAGAAAGUCCAAGUAUACGAAAGAGCCGGAGCUGCUCUUCAAGGCCAAGCUAACCCCUGUGGCUGCUGCAGAAGUCGCACGCAAGGACAAGAAGGAAAAGAAGAAGGAGAAGAAGGAGAAGAACAAGUCCAAGGCACGAGAGGUGGUUGUGCACGAAUUUGAAAAGAACUACAAGACUCCAACGUUUCUCAAAGAGACUAAAGUCUCCACGGAGAAGAAGCCGGCCGUCGAGUACGUCAAUGGACAGGGUUGGGUAGACGAGGAUGGUGUUGUGGUAGAACCAGAGACGGGAAAGGCAAAAGCCAAGCGAACGCUGGAGCUCGUAGAUGCACUGUCGGCGUCUGCAAAAGCAUGGAUUGAUGGUUCAGGGAAACCUGCAUCAUCAUCCCCAAACAAGGAGAAGACUAAGAAGGAAAAGAAGGCUACACCUCCGCCCUCAUCAUCCGAGUCUGAGACGGACGAAUCAUCCGUCGUCUCUUCUUCAGAAUCAGAGUCAGCGGAAGAAUCCGACUCUGAAGCCGAGUCUGAGGAUGGAGAGGAUGAAGAAGAAAAAUCUGAACCUGCCCCUACUUCCCUCGCACAACAGACCGCAAAGGCGCCCUCGCCACCCGCAGCGGCACAGGAAACGCAAGAAACCAAGCAAGUCCACCCCCUAGAAGCCCUCUUCAAGCGCGCAAAACCCACCUCGGACGCAACGACCACACCCACCAAGAAACUCCAACCCAUCAACACAUCCUUCAGCUUCUUCGACACCGCGCCCACCGACCCCAUGGACAUGGACCACGACGCCUCCACCAUUACCACCACCGAUGCCCCGGCCCCAACAACCCCCCACACCCAACGCGACAUCGAGUGGCGCGGUCUCCGCUCCGCAGCCCCAACCCCAGACACCGCAGCCAUCGGCCGCCGCUUCUCCUUUGACUGGCGCAAGAACAGUGCCGAAGCAGACGACGAGUCGGACGCAGAAGCCGAUCCAGAUGCGCAGCAGCAAUUGACGCUGAACACGCAGGCGAAUGCGAAUGCGAAUGCAACUGCGAAGGCUGCCAAGUCGCGGCUAGCCGAAGUCGCGGAGGAGCAAGAAGAAGAAGAAGACGAAGAAGAAGGGGACGAUGACGACGACGACGAUGAUGAUGCCGAUGACGAGGGGAAAGAAGACGCCAAUCCUGCUUCAGGCGGGAAACAGCUCAAAGCCAAAGCAACCAAGGAAGACAAGCCCGAAAGCGAGUUUCGCAAAUGGUUCUGGGAGAAUCGGGGCGAGCUGAAUCGGGCGUGGAAGAAGAGAAGGCGGGAUGCGUUGAAGGCCAAGAGGCAUAGUGAGAAUAAGAAGAUGGGCGGUGGGGGAAGGAGGCUAUGA